AUGUUGAACCAAGCUGCUCACACCAGAGUCGUGAUCGAUGCACUUGACGAAUCUUGUCAACAGAAGGAGACGCUAGAAUGGCUUCGUCGAAUCUUUGCGGACCAAAGUAUCGCACCGAACAAGUUGAAUGUUAUCAUCACAUCUCGCAGAGAGUAUGACAUUGAAUCUGCGUUCCUCAAAUGGCUGCCCGAGAGAAACGUGUUAGCUAUCAAAGCAGAGGAUGUGAACAGGGACAUCAGCGAUUUUGUUCGCAGCCAAAUUCGACUAGACCCAAGGCUCGAGAGGUGGAGAGAACGUACAGAUAUUCAGACCGAGAUCGAGUCGAAACUUAUCGGGAAGGCAGGUGGAAUGUGA